UACCAAAAGAGUUGGGGAACUAUGCAAACUGCAAACUGCAAACUGCAAAAAAUAAAAAAUAUAUAUAUAUAAUCAACCUACGCUGUAACGAUGCUGUGAUGAUCUAAAAUGAGCACAUCUGGGUCCGUCGCAUAAAAGUGGAUCAUGUGAUUACAAAGAAUCGACCGUUCUGUUGAGGUCAUUGGCCUGCAAUAAAGUUUGGGUGUAAAUGGAUGGGGGUUUGCAUAUCAUUUUUUUCCCUGCAGUGACAGAAAACUUGUUUCCCUUCCCCUCUUCUCUUCUUUCCCUUAUCAAAACACUAAAGAAGCGCUCAGCAGUAAUAGCAACAAUCACUGUAGUUUGUCAACGAGAAGAAGCAUCAUCAUGGAAGAUAUUCUAGGAGCAGCCACCAACGGAAACAGUGUGCCGCCCAUUCCGGCUUCUUAUUAUGAAAAUUUCAUCGAAAGUCUAGCACAAAUCGUUUCUAAACUGUUGACAGAUCGAGAAACGGAAGCAGUGCUCUCAUCCAUUCGGUCAUUUCAAGAAAAACUCAAUCGAUUAAGCAGUCAAAACUUGAGACGACUUCAUCUCGACAUUACGGCAUCAGCAGAAUCAAAACCUAAUCUAUGUCAACAUCAGGGGAAAACCUGUACACAGAAUUGUACACGAGCCUUUUUGAAAACGUUCACCGUUGCUUUUGCAGUCAAGUAUUUAAUCGGUAUUUUACCAGCCCUUCUCUCUGGUAAACUAUUAAAGAGGCCCAGUAUUUUAAGGCAAAUGGCGGGAAGAGAUACAGCUUCUUUCGCCUUGUUUUUGAGCACUUUUAUCAGCAGUUACAAAGGCAUUUUAUGUUUAUUACGCUAUUACCGAAAGACCAACGAUCGAGCAUCCGAUCGGUUGAAUGCAUUUAUAGCAGGUAGUAUAGCAGGACUAGCGAUAGGCAUGGAUCGUGAUCAUCGUAGACGGCAAACAAUCAUGCUGUAUCUUCUUACACGAGCCUUACAGUUCAGCGGUGCUUGGUUGAUGAUACAAUGGAGUAAGAAACGAAAAGAGGAUCACCCACACGAGACAAGAUGGGACGAUAAGCUGGCCUAUGGGCUCGAAAAAUACGCAGGUGUGAUUGUCAUGAUGCUUGCCAAUACACAGAUUAUUUAUGCGUUCUUGUUCAACCAAGACACGUUGCCCAAAUCCUAUCUUGAUUUCUUGCUCACCCAUAGCGGCUUAAAGAAGGAUUAUCACGGCAUGGCGGGUCGCGUUGCUGAUGCUGUUGGUACAACGGUACAUCAGCUCGUGGAAGAGGAUGCAUCCAUUUUUGUCCCCAAAGGAGUGUCAAGUCGCGACUGCGUCUCCAACUAUGUAAGCCCAAAUAUCGGCAGUUUUAUACAUCCUAAAUCAAGGCAUCCGCUUAUAUUGUGCGGUGUCCAGCAUCCGCAUCAAGACAACUGUUGGAUACAUAAAACGCUGCUUUUUAAAGAUGAAAUGUUUCGAGCAUUGAAAUUAUAUGUUCCUCUCAACGUGAUUAUGCUGGCAGUAUUUAGACAAAAACAAUUAUUUGCAGACCCUGGAUUGACACUGCAAAAAUUCACCAUUUCUUGUUUCAGAUCAGCGCUCUUUCUCACCAUGUAUGUUGUCAGUGCUAUGUCAACACCAUGCGUUCUUCGUCGACUGACAGGAACAGAACGACCUUGGAUGUAUGCGGCUACAGGUACAGUGGCUGGCAGUAUGGUUUUUAUUGAAGCAGCAGGUCGUCAGUUAGAAUUGGGAUUGUAUUGCCUUCCAAGAGCUUUGGAAACACUAUGGAAGACGCUUUUGAAGAACGGAAAAGUCAAAAGGAUACCAAACGGAGACAUCUUUUUGUUCAUGCUGUCCAUGGGUACUCUAAUGACGUUAUAUCAAAACGAUAAAGAUACAAUACAUUCACAUUAUUUGAGUGUCAUGACACGUUUUUUUGGUCAAAACUGAAUAAAGAAAAGAGAAUUGAAAAAAAAAAGAAAUGUUUAUAAAGAAAAAAGGGGCGGGGG